AUAUAUUAUUUGCAUAUAUAUAUAUAUAUACAUUUUUAUUUAUAAGUUGCAUAUAUAUAUAUAUAUAUAUAUAAUAUUUAUAAGGCUUCCGUUUCCCUCCUGACUAAUAAGCUAUUCAAAGAACAACACAGAUAUAUAUCGGAAUUUAUUUCUAUCUCUGAAAUAAAACAGAAAGGGAAUUAGAAAAAGAAAAGACCAUUUAUUAGUAUUUGCAGCAAGCUGAGCAGAGCAGAGAUCAUCGGAGUCCCCAGACGACCCAGAGAGAGAGAGAGAGAGAGAGCUGAAGCAGUUCAAGCAGAGCAGCUGCAACUCUCUUCCUUAAUUGCUCCUCUCACCACCUUCUCAUCCCAUCUCUCUCUCUCUCUCUCUCUCUCUUCCUCGUCCCAAGAACAAGAAGUCAAGAAGCCAUGUCCGAAGGUGAAUAUAUAAGCUUCGUUUCUGUGUGUGAAUGGCUUUGGGCAGAUGAUGGUGGAGGUGAGAGUUCCAAACUUGGACUGCGAGGGCUGCGCUGCCAAGCUCAAGAAAGCUCUCUUCAAGCUCAAAGGAGUAGAGGAGGUGGAAAUAGACAUGGAGAUUCAGAAGGUGACGGUGAGGGGCUACUGCUUGGAGGAGAAGAAGGUGCUCAAGGCCAUCAAGAGGGCCGGGAAAGCCGCUGAGCCCUGGCCGUUCCCGGGCCACUCCCAGUACUUUGCCUCGUUCUACCAGUACCCUUCCCACAUUGUGAACCAUUAUUACUAUGACACACACAAGACCGGAACCGGAGUACACACUUUCUUCCAGACGCCUUCUGUUUACUCGGUCGCAGUUGCUUCGGAUGAGGCAUUUGCUUCGCUCUUCAGCGACGACAAUCCACAUGCUUGCUCGAUUAUGUAAUUUAAAACUGUUGAGCCGGGAGGGCAUCCCUCCUAUUGUUAGAAUUGAGAUUACUUAUGGUCAUGGACUCAUGUUUGUGGAAAUUAAUUGAAGAUAUGAGAACUCCAAUUAGUGAAUAGACUCAAUACCGGUUUCACUUGCUC